AUGCGCCCGGAUGGCAUUUCCAGUACAAACGGCUCCUCCCAUACGUUGAAUGGCUCAAAUGCAUCCCCGUCUCAGAAGACAGCUUUCGCCCACUCUCUGAACGGCCAAACAAGUUUCACAGCCUCCAACGGAGACGUACGCACGAAUGGCUCUCAAAAAGCGUCAGUCGGCCCUCCGUCAUACUAUGGUCAUGACCGAGAAGAAGUUACCAGGAUCUUGAUUCAAGCCCUGUUUGACCUUGGCUAUGAUGGGGCCGCGACGCUUCUAAGCAAGGAGAGUGGGUAUCAACUCGAGAGCCCAGCAGUUGCUACGUUUAGAAAUGCGGUGUUAGAGGGCCGAUGGACCGAGGCGGAACAUAUACUGGUGCAGUCAUUCUAUCCGGAUCGAGGUGGUUGGAGGAGUAAUACCGGCGAGCAAGCGACGAAUAGGGAGAAGCUGGUUUUGGUGGAAGAUGCUCAAAAGAACGAAAUGCUUUUUUACCUGCGCCAGCAAAAAUUCCUCGAAUUGUUGGAAGCCCGCGAUUUGGCGGCGGCCCUAAUUGUUCUGAGACAUGAACUGACACCGCUGAAUUAUGACAUAGGACGGUUACACGCUCUGUCCAGUCUACUCAUGUGCCCCCCGGAACAUCUCCACGACCAGGCCGGCUGGGACGGUCCCAUAAGCUCUUCUCGAGAACGCUUGUUGUCGGAAUUGUCUCGGUCAAUAUCCCCCUCUGUAAUGAUUCCGGACAAUCGUCUUGCUAUUCUGCUGGAUCACGUCAAACAAACACAGAUCAACCAGUGCUUAUACCAUAAUUCCGCAUCACCACCUUCAUUGUAUUCAGAUCACAUGUGUGAUCGCAAAGACUUUCCUUUGCGGACCGGGAUUGAGUUGAACCAGCAUUCCGACGAGGUAUGGUGGUGCCAGUUCUCGAACGACGGGACGAAGCUGGUCACUGCCAGCAAAGAUCAGACUGUAAUCAUUUACGAAACCAGCACCUUCUCUGUGAUACAGAAGCUCUUGGGUCAUGAGGAUGGUGUUGCACAGUGUGCAUGGAGCCCGGAUGACUCGAAGAUCAUUACCUGUUCUCAGGACAAGACCGCCCGCGUGUGGAGCGUUGAGACUGGUCGUUGCCUUCUGACCAUCAAUCACCACCGUCAUCCCGUGACAGCUGCGGCGUGGGCUCCUGAUGGCGAGUCUUUCGUAACGGCGGCUCUGGACGUGAGCUCGCAACUCUGUCAUUGGGGCAUGCGUGGACAGACCCUAUACAUGUGGCCGGAAGGCUUCCGCGUCCAAGACUGUGCUAUCACGCCCGAUGGCCGGAGACUUAUCGCGGCAGACCUCGAUCAGAAGGUCCACGUCUACAACCUUGCGACCCGCGAUGAAGAAUACUGUCUAGCCCUGAAAAGCAAGCCAACCUCCGUCGCUGUUAGCAGGGACUCCCGUCACAUGUUGAUCAACUCCGCCGACGGACAAAUACAGCUUGUUGACAUCAACACCACAGACGUUGUGCGUCGAUUUUCAGGGCAGAAACAAGGGCAUUUCGUCAUUCGCAGUGUCUUUGGUGGUGCGGCGGAAAACUUUAUUGUCAGUGGAAGUGAAGAUUCUCGUGUUUAUAUCUUCCACAAAGAAGCUGGCACACUUGUAGAGGCAUUAGAGGGGCACGUACGAGGAUGUGUAAAUUCCAUGUCCUGGAAUCCUCGAGACCCAGGAAUGUUUGCUUCUGCUGGCGACGACUGCUUGGUUAGAAUUUGGACACGUGAACGUGACAUACGACCGAAUGUUUCAGCGGGCAAGCACAGGGCAGUAUCGACAAGUGGUUUCACUCGCACUAGCGCUCUGCGUUCAACAUCAAGCUUCAAUUAG